UUAGGGCUCUUUCUCUCUGUCUUUACUCUCACUCUCUCUCUCUCAAACUUAAUAUUUGAAUAUAGUGCAGUGUCGUGCAGCGGAGAGGUCUUGGAACAUGAUGGCAGCAUGCAGGUUUUGGAUACUUUUUGGAGUUGUAACUAUUCUCGGGACUUUAAUGGUGCAGGUGCAGUGUAAUGAGGAGACCGAGCUGAUCAGCAACUUGUUCAAAGGCUACAGCAAGAAUAUUCGCCCCGUGGUUAAACCUGAGGACAAGUUGGAUGUUCAGAUCAAGCUGACCCUCACAAACCUUAUCUCCCUGAAUGAAAAGGAUGAGACUCUUACGACCAAUGUGUGGCUCCUGAUUACUUGGACUGAUUAUCGCCUUGCCUGGAACGAAUCUCAAUACUAUGGCAUUGGUGUAAUUCGUAUCCCAUCCAGCUCUGUUUGGCUUCCUGACAUUGUUCUUGAUAACAACAUUGACGGCAAAUUUGAUGUGGCUUACUACGCCAAUGUGUUGGUCUACAGCAGUGGAUAUAUGUACUGGUUGCCUCCUGCUAUCUAUCGCAGCACUUGCGCCAUUGAGAUUACCUACUUCCCAUUUGAUUAUCAAAACUGCACGCUAGCAUUCAGAUCCCAGACGUACAGUGCCAAUGAAGUAGACCUCUCCUUGGCUGUUGAAGACACGGGCGAAACUAUUGAGUGGGUAGACAUCGACCCCGAGGCUUUCACAGAGAAUGGUGAGUGGGCCAUCGUCCAUCGUCCAGCCAGGAAGAUUAUCAACAAACGGUAUUCUCCAAAUGACCUUGAAUAUCAGGAGAUCAUUUUCAAUAUAAUCAUCAAAAGGAAACCCCUCUUCUAUAUCAUCAACAUCAUCCUGCCCUGCUCACUCAUCUCCUCGUUGGUGGUGCUGGCCUACUUUCUUCCUGCACAAGCCGGAGGACAAAAGUUGACUGUGUCCAUCUCUGUGUUGCUGGCUCAGACUGUCUUCCUUUUUCUUAUUGCCCAGAAGGUCCCUGAGACUUCUCUCUCAGUGCCCCUCAUCGGCAAGUACCUGAUCUUUGUUAUGUCUGUCACUACACUCAUUGCCACUAAUCAAAUUGUGGUGCUGAACUUCUCCCUGCGCAGCCCCAGCACUCACACCAUGUCCCACUCUAUCAAACAUCUGUUCCUGGAAAUGGUCCCACGCUUCCUGGGCAUGUCCCCACUGGUGGAUGACAGCGAUAUGACAGCAGAGGUAAACGGAGUGAGGGAGCGGCGGCGCAGCUCCUUUGGCCUCAUGCAGAGAGCAGAGGAAUAUGUGCUGAAACAACCUCGCAGUGAAAUGAUGUUUGACAAACAAAGAGAGAGGCAUGGUCUCAAAGGAACAAUUGUGGAUAAUAUUGAUGUCAGCAGCACGGCCAACCUGUAUAAGAGUCUGGCUCAAGCUGCUCCUGAGAUCAAGCAAUGUGUGGAUGCCUGCAACUUCAUUGCUGAGAGCACGAGACAACAAAGUAACAUUGGAUCUGAAAUUGAAAGCUGGGUACUGAUCGGGAAGAUGAUCGACAAGGUGUGUUUCUGGGCUGCCAUCCUCCUCUUCACCAUUGGUACAGUGGGGAUCUUCUUACAAGGACACUUCAACCAGGUGCCUGAAUUUCCAUUUCCAGGGGAGAGCAAAAAAUAUAGUCCAAGUUAAAAUAAUUUUAAAAACAACCCUUUUUGCUUUGAUGAAACCUUUCCAAGGGUCACUGUACCUCAUGCUGUCUAUAAGGAUGAGCGAUCUUGCUCAUUGAGUCCCAGGACCAGAUUCAGGGUUGAGUUAGCAGGGCUUUAUAUCAGAGAUUUAAAAACAAUUCUGUCUGUGAUCAUGUUCACAGCUCAUACUUAUCUUUGUGAACACUUGUCAGGCAGCGGAGGGUUUUCCAUUCUAACUUACAACUUCGUUUUGAGUUCUUCAUCUUAGUGUAAGUUCUUUGGAUGUAUACAUUAAAUGGGUGAUUCAGGUCUACUUAAAAAAAGGAUGUUUUAAGUCAUAAUUAUCAUCAAGUACAAUUAAUCUCUGCUUUUUGGAAUAAAAGACAAUAGCAAAAGUGUGAGUUUAAGCAAGAUCAGACUUCAGAUCAGGGGUUUACUUGAAGGAAAAUGCUUAUUCACCACUGUGCUGAGGAGGUUAUUUCUUUUGCAGCCAAAUACCUUUCAAAUUAAAAUUUCAAUGGCAUUAUGAGAUGUCUGUGUGGCCAAAGGCAAUGUCUAGAAGUGUACUCAUAAAUAACAAUAAAGAAGGUUCAUUAACUGUUAAACAGAUUUUAUAUACACACACAGUGAGCUCAAGUGACAAGACUCAACCAUGUUGCACAUUUUAAAACAUAUCUGCAAAAAGUCUGGAUAAGAUUCCCUGCAUGUACUAUGUCUUAUGUGGAGAAAAAGCCUUAUUCUUCCUAUAAAUUAUUCAUUAGAAAGUCUUGUUAGGGGUAGAUGGCUCAGAAGGACUUGUCUUGAUUUAUUGUGCAAUG